AAGCCACGUUCGCGGCCAGUUUCGCGGCCCGCGUCGCCUGGCCCGCAGACCCGCGAACGCUCCGCGGACGCGCGUCCGGGCCCAUUGCGAUCUUCAGCAGCCUUCGCGCCUCCAAAGCCUAACACUGCUGUGCCGCCUUCUCGGCCGGUCCCUCCGCAUCUCGAACCUGCACUGCGAUUCCGCGAAACGGUAGCGGCCGGGGACCGCGAACGGUCCGUACACGACGCCACUAUCCGCACCACAGAGAACCAGGUGCCCGAGCAGCCGCGACCGCAGGAGCGCCCAGGGACCCCGUACCGCGCACCGGCGGAUCAAGGUGUGCCACUGCUACCGGAGCACCCCUUCGCGAAAGCGCGCGAUGCGACUUACGCGCCUCCGAAUGUGCGCGCCUUUGGAGCGCCACCUGCGAAACCGAAGGAACAAGAGCGCAACGACUCCCGUGAUCACGUCUCGACGGAGGAGCUGCUCUCGCUGGCACCGGAGGUCCGCGCGAAGUUCCGCGAAGCGGUCACCCCACGACGAGUCCCACCCACAGGGCAGCGAACUGUCGCGUUCGCCAGCGUUGGAGGGGCUCAGGGAGCGGCCGAAACGGAGCAGGAGGAACUCUCGUGUUUUGGGACGCCGUUAGAGCCUGGUGGCUUCGUUCUCCCCGACCUUUAUGACGUCUACCUCCGCGAUGUAGCGCCAUCUGGAGAGAGUCCCCCGCUGAAGAACGCGAAGGAGUCGCACGUGUUACGGUCGAUUGUCGGCCUCGUCGAUACCAAGGAGUACGUGGAAGCAAUCGUCGACCCUGGCUGUAUGAUCGUCGCGAUGUCAGAGCACGUGUGUCACCACCUCGGACUAUCGUACGACCCCACCAUACGGCUGAACAUGCAGUCCGCGAACGGGGAGGUCGAGAAAUCGCUCGAACUGGUGCGGAACAUGCCGUUCAAGGUCUCGACAAUUGUCCUUUACCUGCAGGUCCACGUCGUUCGCAAUGCGGCAUACGACAUGCUGCUUGGAAGGCCCUUCGACGUUCUAACCAAGAGCGUCAUCAAGAACUUUGACAACGAAGACCAGACCAUCACUAUCGAAUGCCCCAACACCGGACAAAUUGCGACGAUCCCCACCAUUCCGCGGGGACGUGCUCGUUUUCGAGCCCGUCCUAACCCCGAGCCUGUCCGACCCGAGCCUACCAUUUGA